UAGCCAACUCUUCUUGAUAAAGUAGGACCAAUGAAGUUUUGUGUGAGGCGGGACUUCCUCGCUGUUGAGAAGCAGUGUGGUCCGCAGAACUGUAUGGGAACUCGCGGCCUCUUGGCAAGCUGCACGCAUUCCAAUCUGGCGACGCCGCCCUGACGCGCGCGCUAGCGUAAACACGGACAGAAGCGAGAGAAACGCCGAGAGUCCCAGUGACACAUCACAUCUUUCGCAUUCCCGCGAGCUGCGGGUCGUCUCCUCGGCUCGGGCGGUGUGUCAGAGACCGGGGGGUCCGGUUACCACCAGUGCUCGGGCUAAAAUUAGGGUUGCUUUGGAACUGACGCAAGAAAACUCUGUAGCAGCGGGGAACAAGGAUCCAUGGAAACGCGCCCUACACAUUCACUGCUAUUGAUGACAGAGAGUAUUUUUGGACUGUGUUGUAAUCAUUCGGUAACAACGAGGUCAAAGACGUAUUGUAUAAAGGGAGGACGUUGAAAAUGCACUUGUACAGCAGCGCGUUAACACACUACCCCGGCUCCUCUCGAAAAGUUUCCGUAACUCUCACCAGCGUCGCCAAUAACGCACCAGCGACAAGUUCCAGCUCUUUGGAGGUGGUUGGAAACGCCGUUAACGGAAGCGCCAUAGAAGCCCACACGGAAUAUUUGCCUCGAGGGGGACAGCCUGACGCGAACAUGCCUGCGUUUUCAUGUUAUGAGGCCACCUCGAUGAGGCCGGUUUUCUACACCUCUACCGCGGAGAUUAUCAUCACGCGACCGGACGGCGUGGAGAGAUCUGUGCCCGUUCACAUCGUGAAGGAGCCGCGCACAAACCGUAGAGCUCUGGAGACGCACUACAACCGAGUUUCUUACGCAGUCAACGGAGACGAUCAUCACCACUCUGAUUCUGUCUUAGAUUUAGACCCCAGAAGAGACGGUUUUGGGGAUGACAACGAUGAAAUAAAUGAGAAAAAUUCAAUUCACUACGAUAGGUUUUUUGAUAAUGACAGUUACAGAGUUUGUGAGAGGAGACUCGAGCCAUGUUUGCAAAGUGAUGCCACACCCUCCAGAACUUUUGGAACUGGACAAAAACCCUCAUCUGAUUCAUAUGAAAGUCUUAAAGACCCAGAAAGGCAGGAAAGUGUUGAAGAUGAUAAUCCAGUCUUCGAGCUGCACAUCCUUCAGGAGCCCGCUGCGACACCCAACAAAAGCGAUGUCAACAACAAGGUUACCCGUUACCUGGCCGAAGUGGAGAAACAGAACAAAUACCUCCACGACAGGCAGAAAUACCGCUUUCACAUCAUCCCAGAUGGGAACUGCCUGUACCGGGCUGUUUCCAAGGCAGCUUAUGGAGACCAGUCAAUGCACAAGGAGCUGAGAGAGCAAACCAUGCACCACAUCGCCGACCACCUGGAGGAGUUCAACCCCAUAAUCGAAGGCGACGUCGGGGAGUUUCUGAUCAAUGCGGCGCAGGACGGCGCAUGGGCUGGCUAUCCGGAGCUGUUGGCCAUGAGUCAGAUGCUAAAUGUGAAUAUCUACUUGACCACUGGAGGUAGCGUGGAAAGCCCAACGGUAUCAACCAUGGUGCACUACCUGGGUGAAGAGGACUUGUCUAAACCGGCUAUAUGGUUAAGCUGGCUCAGUAACGGUCAUUAUGAUGUGCUGCUGGACAGCUGCCAGCCCAACCCGGAGUAUGAUGACUGGUGCCGUCACACCCAGGUGCAGCGCAAAAGGGACGAGGAGUUGGCCAAGUCUAUGGCGGCGUCCCUUUCCAAAAUGUACAUUGAGCAGAACGGCCUGCAUUGAAUGCGAUGGACUCAAUUGGAGAAUGUACCUGGGAAUACUGUAACUCAUUCUGAUGUUUCCAAAUUGAUUGCACUUUGAUUCCUCAAGUGAUUAAAUAUUGCCUUAAUUUAUUACAUUUCUAUCCUUGUGUGUCAUCAUUUUUUUUCCAUAAAUGUGUUGAAGUGCAGUGCACAAGAUGAUUUGUGGUGCGAUAUGCAAAAUAAGGACUGGGUCGGAGCGAAUGUUUCUUAGUCUUGAUUGCAUGUUUGUCUACAGAAGUUUAAGUCUUGUAUGUAUAUUUUUUUCCUGUAUAUAGUUUUGUAAUGUGUUGUGCAGAACUGUUCAUCCACCUGAAUGGAAUAUGUCGCACUUAUACAAACAUUUCCAGCAGUUCUUGUUACUGUUUAUGUGUGAAUGUGUUUUUUUUUUCUUUUUAGUCCAUUACCUGCACUGUUGUGUUAUAUAUAUAUAUAUAUAUAUAUAUAUUAAACUGAUGGUUCUGUCAUGUUCAAGUGCCUGAAAUCUAUUUUGCAAAUAUGUAUUUUUGAAUAAAU